CAACCGUGGUUGAGUCUGCCAGAUUAUGGUCAGCAAUCGAUGCUGGUGAACGCUGGUGCUGGUGCUGAGAUGUGUUGUGUUGUGCUGGAGUGUUGUGUUGGUGACCACGAGACAGGAUGCAUUCCGGGGUUUUGCUUGCUGGGAGCAAGCACAAAGGACAGCCUACGUUCAAUGGCAUCGCCCAACACCUGAAACGACAACAAACCAACCAGCCAACGCGAGUUUCUCUUUGGCAGCCUCCAUUUUCCUCGCCAACCAAGCAAGCGCAGCAAGCACAGCAAGCACAGCGCACAAGAACAAAAGCACCAUCCUCAUACACGCACCACUCUGCUCCGCCGCAGCUGUGAUUCUUGUCGACAGAGAAGUGAGUAGGCAGGCACUCCAAGGCCUCACGUGUGCUUUCAUUCCAGACGACAACAAAACAACAGCGGCAUGCUGUCAUCCAAUCGCCCUGGCGGAGUCGUCAUGUCAAGCGCCAGCCCACGGCAGAAGGCGCCGACAGCGGUGGCUGCAUCUCGUGGUUCCCAUGGCUCUCCAUGCUCGCCGCUGCGCGCCUCAAGCCUUCGCCGCAACACAUGCCCAGCUGCCGUGCGCAAUGACAACACGCGCGAGCCUCGCAACAGCCACACCACCAGUAGCAGCAGCAUUGGCAGCAGCACCAGCACCAGCACCAGCACCAGCAGCUACGACGCCGAGGAGGCAGCCAUCAUGGCAGAAGAGGCGGAGAACUCGUUUCCAUCAGCGCCGGUUGUGACGAAGCGCAUGCCAAAGCUCCAGCGCAAGCCGAGCCCGUUUCCAGGCACGCUGGAGCGCAAGCUUGCCGAGCUGAACAGCAACAUGGGCGGCACCGUCGCCUGCAAGGAGGACGAGGGCGUCUGCGCACCGCCCAACACCCCCGCCAGCCGCGGAUGCGACACCGCGGUGCCAUCAACAGCGCCAGGAUACCAGCAAGGCCAGCGAGGUCAGCAGCAGCCACAAGGGUUGCCACGGUCGCAGGUGCUGAGGGCCAUGAGGCGCAAGGCGAAGAAGCCGCAGUUUGCACCGAACAUGCUCUCCAUCAACGAGGACGAGGACGAGGUGGCCCAGGAGUGACGCCAUUUGUGUGUGUGUAUGUGUGUGUGUGUGUGUGUG